GACAACAUCGUCAUGGCGUUCAAGGUCGAAAACCCCGAGCAGGAGUUGCAGAAAGCAGCCGAGGCUGAGAAACACAGGAGGUCGGCUUUCAAUAAAUUUGGUAAAGUUCUGAACAAGAUGCAGUCAGUCACUAAAUACAUGACUACUAAAAAGAAGGACAAGGAACCAGAUGAGAAGUUCAAGUCACCGCCAACCAGCGGGAGGCACACUCGUAGUCAAUCUCAAGACGAGGGAGCAGAGAGCACGUCCCCGCAAGCAAAACUUGAACAGGAGGAUGCGUUUGACUUGUUGAACAAAGCUGCUGAAGUAUUCAAAGAGCAGACCGUGCGGAAG